CAGGGGGCGCUUUGUGGUCUGUGGACGCCAGUGGCUUUGCGGCCGUCGGCAUUCGCUUUGAGAACACGGCAGGGGCGGUGGGCCAACAGGCAGUGGCGUUCAGGCAGACGGGCGACAAUGCUGCCUUCUACGAGUGCGAGUUCAUUGGAUGGCAGGACACGCUGUACACGCAUGGUGGGCGGCAGUACUAUCGCAACUGCUAUGUGAACGGGUCGGUGGACUUCGUGUUUGGCAACGGUGCGGCCGUGCUGGACAACUGCACCUUCCACAUCCGCCCGCACAGCAAUGCGCCGCUCACAGCUUCAGGGCGCACCAACUACACGGAGAACACAGGCAUCGUCAUCCUCAACUCCAACAUCCAGGGCGACUUCUUCAACAAGUCGUACCUGGGUCGGCCCUGGAAGCCUUAUGCGCGCGUGGCUGUCAUCAACACCGCAAUCAGUGAUACGGGCAACAGAGGGGCAGGAUCUGUUGGGCCGCGCAUAUCCUGGGCGCUGCCGGGCAUUGUGAGCGACCCCGCCCUCGUGGCCAUGGUCCCUGCCUCUCUUUUACCCUUGCCCCUGCCCUCUCCGGCUACCUCUCCUCUCCCCUCUCCCUUCUCUCUCCCCUCUCCUCUUCUCUCCCCUCCUCUUCGUUCCUCUCCGCUUUCCCUCUCAUUUUGCAUUUCCUCCUCCGUCCUCUCUCUCAACAUCUCCAGCAACCAGCUCUCUGGCGCGCUCCCCUCCUCCCUCUCGCGCUUCAUCGUACUGCACUCAUUGGUAGCAGCACGCAACCGCAUGAGUGGCAGCAUCCCUGCAGGCGUGGCAUCUGUGAAGGCCCUGCAAGCCGUGGACCUGUCAUGGAACGGGCUGUCAACAGCCAUCCCUGCACUGCUGCGGGCGGCAGCCCCCUCCCUGCACGUGCAGCUGGCUGGCGUCGCCCUCUCUGGCCCAGCCCUCUCCGACCUGCCCCUCUCCUGCUUCUGCCCUGGCAACCCCAAGCUCUUGUACUAGCUCUAAAAAACAAAGUUGAAAGUU